AUGGACCAAAUCUGCCACUGGUUGGCUCACCGACCAUUGGGUGUUCUUCUUAUUGUUUUUUUAAUAAUUCUACCUAUAUUAAGUUAUUUUCUCUUUCAUCCUCUUCGCAUAGAGUCAGAUGUUCGACGUGGCUUUGCUCAACGUAAUGGACGAUCGACACACGAAUUGAAAAGUUUCGCCGAUUUCUACAACAUUUCCUAUGAAGGCUUAGAUAUAUGGGUUAUCUUGAUAAAAUCUAAGAAGGGCUCAAAUGAAACUGACCUAACAAUCAAUAGCAACUUGCUCAAUGAAGUUGAACGAUUGGAUCAGUUCAUCAUGAACUUCUCAAUCACUGCUGACAACACCGUCUUGAGGGUCUCUGAUUUGGAGGGAUCCAAGUUGAAUUACCUUUUCGAUUGGUUUAAAUAUACUCAUGAGUUGUCCAUGUUCUUUGGAGAUAUCGAUUUGUCCCAUCCUAUUGGUAAAGCGAUGGGGCAUGAGUUCUUUACCGGAAGUCAUUUCUUUGGAGUGAAUGACCAUUUCAAAGAGAAUCAAACAGGUCCAAUAGAAACAGCCAAGUUCAUGACCUUGUGGUACAUGAGCUCAGCUGUCACGUUUGAUGAGAAAAAGAAACUGGAACUUCUCCAAAUGGAACUGUUCAAAUUGAGUAUAGCAGACAACUUCAGUGAUAUCCUAAGCUUCCAGAUGUACGGAGAUCAGGUAGCUAAUGCGGAAAUGUUGAGAGGAACUAUGUUCACCGUCAAGUUGUUUGUUGUGGGAGUAGUAAUGAUGAUUGUCUUUAUGCUAUACUCCUUCAAGCAUUUAGAGUUCAAAUCUCAGAUCAUUCAAACAAUAGCUGCAGUCGCUUCGCCAACAAUCGCAACAGCAACGUGCUUUGGGAUUCUAGGAUGGACAGGAACUCCUUUCAACUCCAUCAUGUGUAUAACACCAUUCUUGGUUAUGGGAAUAGGAGUUGAUGAUGCAUUCUUGCUUCUCCAUAGUUGGAGACGUCACUCCACGGUGGAUAAUCAGAAGAAACGAAUCAGAGCCGUUCUUCUCGAGAUCGGGCCUUCUAUGGCCAUAACAUCAGUCACGAACACACUAGCUUUUGGGAUAGGAAUGACAUCGCCAACUCCUCAGAUGAGUGCAUUCUGUUUGUGUACUGCUAUAGCGGUACUACUCGAUCUCAUAUUCGAGUUUGCAAUCUUUGUUCCUAUUAUGGUUCUUACCUACAGAGAGAGAGUUGAGAAGCUUCCUCUUCGCCCAAGCUUUUCUUUCUUUUCAUGGACCAAGUAUGUCCAUGUGCUCCUAUCGAAGACUGGAAAAGUUAUAGCUGUUACUUUGACUCUGUUGUUAUACCUGUCUGCUACGAUUGGUGUAUCACAGCUUGUCCCAUCGUUUGAUCCAUCCAAAACGUUCCCAAAGGAUUCUGAACUCCUUGUCGCCCUAAGAAACUUUGAAAUCAUUCAGCAAGAGUAUGCUCCAAUCAAUUUUGUAAGUCGUCAUAUGCCUGAUCUCCGGAACGAGACAGAAGUGAGCGAGUUCUUCCAAAUGAUUUCUCGAUUAGAAAAUCGUGACUUCUGUUAUGGCAGUAACAGGACUCAACUACUUCUCAGAGAUUAUAUUAACACAAUGAACUCAACGAAUCUAACCUACGAAGGAAUUCCCAAGUUUCUGUCUGAUCGCAUGAUAGCCGAUAAGAAAAUAAUUCAGUUUCACAGAGAAAAUAAUUCUGUUGUCAUGGACGGUAUUAACUAUAUAGUUAUAUGUAAAGGAAGCCUUGAUUGGAAUAUACGAGCUGGUCGAAUAGAUCAGACUCGUCACAUCAUCGAUGAAUAUCCACAGUUCAAUACAACUUUGUUUGAUUAUGAUAGUACUAUAUACGAUUUGAUCAUUACUGUAAAGUAUGAACUCUUCAAGGCAGUUCUUCUCACAUUUGUUUGCAUGGCCAUAGCCUGUGGGUUCAUGAUUCCCAGUCUGGGGGCAGCUUCAAUAGCAACCGUAUCAAUGUUAUCGAUCUCAUAUUCACUAUUGGGAUGGUUAUCAAUCUGGGGACAAGAUAUGGAUCCAGUGACUAUGAUCAAUGUCUUAAUGGCUAUUGGAUUCAGCGUAGACUUCAGUGCUCAUGUAUGCUAUCAUUAUCAUAUACAUCGUCAUCAAGACAUUAAAAUGGAUAAAAAAGAACAAAUUGAACAAAUUUUAAAAAGCGUCGGUCGACCAAUGAUCGAAGCUUCUCUCUCAACUUUAAUAUGCAUGUUGCCAUUGUUUUUCGUUCCUGUAUAUAUCAUUGAGUCAUUCGCUCGAACGGUUUGUUUAGUGGCAACGUUUGGCCUGUUCCAUGGAAUCGUUAUCAUUCCUGUUGUUUUAUCCUGGUUAGGCUCUUCCAGGUCUCCAGGUGAUCCCAAUUCUCAAGAUAUCCUAUUGACAGCUUCUCCUUAA